UGAUACAUGUUUAGUGUCGUCUAGACUCUAGAGCACAUGGUUAGUACGUCACAGGAAGUUUUGUUACGUUUUGGAUUCGUUUUCUGCUUUAAAUUAAGAUUAACAAGAUGUUCUCUGCAUUAUCAAACAUAGCAUCUUUCCUUUGGAAAAGUUCGGAUGAAAAUUAUGAAGAAGAGUCUUUUGAUACGGAAAAUGAAGAAGAUAUUCUCGAUAAAUAUAAGUAUGGAGAUAAUGAAAUAUAUGAAGAAGAAAAUAUGGAAACAAACACAUUUUUUGGAACUAUUACAUCAAUUAAUCACAUUGAGAAGUAUGGCUUAAUAAACAAGGAUGUUUAUUUUGAUUUUAAAGUAGUAAUUGGAGACAUGCAAUUGAAAAAAGGCGAUUAUGUCACUGGUACUUCAGUAAGAUACAGCAAAGAUCAGAAUUGGGUUGCAGUGUCCGUGUUUCUGUCUACCGAAUGUUGGGAAUCUGGAAUCAGCGAGAAAACUGGUUCAACAUCCAAAAUAAAGUCUUUGGAAACUGAAUUGAAAGAAAAAAAAGCUGUCACUACUAAUAUUACUUAUAUGAAUAAAGAUAAAUUAAUAUUUAACCAUAUUCUUGAAGUAUCUGCUAAUAAAAUAACCAAAGAAUAUUCAGCAAAGCAAGGUGAUUGGAUUAAAAUAGAAUUAGUAGAUGACGAAAAAUAUAAUAUUCAUCCUCUAAGAAAAUUGGAAAUAUCAGAGGGUAAAAUUACUAGGCUGAUACGCAGCGGUUGUGGAAUCAUCGACCAUAAGAUAUUUUUUACCAAAGAUGUCUGUCUGAAUGAUUUUAUUCCAAAACGAGGUGAUCUUGUCGACGUAGAAGCUGUGGAAAGUAACCAAAUGAAUUUUGAGUGGAGAGCAAUUAGUGUAAAGAAAGUAGAAAUGAGAGGGUAAGAAUCUUUGAUGUUUGAUCAUUUAUAUAUAUUAGGUUGUUCGGAAAGUAAGUUCGUUUUUUUUUACCACUAGAGGGAUUAGUCAUAUUUUUCCU